AACCUAAUUGUUCAAAAACAUUUCCCCAGUUGCAAAGCUGAGCAGUAGGUGGCUUCAGGAAAGGCAGCGGAGUUGACUUCUACCAACAUGAGGGCAGCUGGAAUUCUUGUCCUCUGUCUCUUCUCCUCCAUCCUGUCAACAGUGACGUCUCUAAAGUGUCAAACAUGUGUUGCCCUUGGAACUGAAUGUGAAGAAGAGAAUGUGAAGGUGGUGGAGUGCAAAGAAGAUGAAGAAUUUUGUUCUACUACAGUUGUCAAUUGUACUUUAUUCGAAAUUCCAAUGAGUUUAACUGUCAAAGAAUGUGUUACUCGUGAGAAUUGUUUUGAAGGCCUCUUUAGCAGCACAACAGUAGAUAGUAGAUUUGAAAUAGCCAGAGGUAACUGUUGCCAGACUGAUCUCUGUAAUGCAGAAGUGCUUCCGUUGGAAAAUUAUGAAGACUUUCAACCAAAUGGGUUACUGUGCCCAGGCUGCUUUGCACUAGAUGAGGAUUCUUGUGAAGCCAAUCAAUCUGUAGCCUGCGUUGGCGAACAGGAUCUGUGUUUUACGAUAGCCUGUACCACAGUAUCAGAAUUUUCUAAUCAGCAGAGUUCUUCAAACUCACCCUUCAAGGUAUGAAUACUCCAGGAACCA